UUGAAAUCUUGACCUCCAUCCACAAACCUCGCCCGCAGCCACCAUGUUGUCGAGACAAGCACUGCUCCGCUCCGCUAGGGCUGCAGCUCCCUCGCGGGCAAUUGCUUCUCAGGUCCGCUUCUACGCCGCCCCGGCCGCCAGCGAGAACGUCAAGCCUCCUGUCGCCCUGUUCGGCCUUGAUGGCACCUAUGCUACUGCUCUGUACACGGCCGCCGUUAAGACUUCGACCCUGGACCCGACCGCCAAUGCCCUGAACAAGUUGGGCAACCUUUUGACCAAGGACCCCAAGCUUGUGACCAUCCUCGAGGCGCCGACUCUAGACGCCAGCGACAAGUCUGCCAUUAUCGCCGAGCUCGAGAAGAGCGCCGGUAUCAGCGGCGAGACCGUCAAGAACUUCCUGCAGACUCUGGCCGAGAACAACCGUCUGUCCCUGCUGGGCGGCGUCUGCACCAAGUUCGGAGAGCUGAUCAGCGCUGCGCGCGGGGAGGUCGAGAUGACGGUCACCAGCGCUACGCCUCUUGACAACAAGACCCUGAACAGGCUGGAGACUGCUGUAUCCAAGUCUUCCUAUGUCGGCCAAGGCAAGAAGCUCAAGGUCAAGAACGAGGUCAACCCCGAGAUCGUUGGAGGACUGGUUGUUGAGAUUGGUGACCGGACUAUCGACCUUUCUGUCUCUUCCAAGAUUGCCAAGAUGAACAAGCUCCUGACUGACACCCUGUAAAUACUACCCUUCGUGUUGAGGAUAGACGUGGAGGCGGCAUGGAGGUGGGCGAGUUGAUGCCGUGGACCGACUGAGACAUUCGGCAAAAGGAUACCAUCAGCAUCAGUUGCGUGUAGAAACAAAAAUUUAGAGGAGUUGCACCGG